AUGUACAUGCAAAUCUACAGGGAGAGUGAUAUUGUAUACAUCAAGGGAAUGGGCACUGUUCAAAAUGGAAUGCCCCAUAAGUGUUACCAUGGUAAAACCAGAAAAGUCUACAGUGUCACCCAGCAUGCCUGGGGCAUCACUGUAAACAAACAAGUUAAGGACAAGCUUCUUGCCCAGAGAAUUAAUGUGCGGACUCAGCACAUCAAGCACUCGAAGAGCAGAGACAGCUUCCUGAAAUGGAUGAAGGAGAAUGGCCAGAAGAACAAGGAAGCCAAAGAGAAGGGCACAUGGGUUCAGCAGACAUCCCAGCCUGCUCCGCCCAGAGAAGCACACUUUGUGAGGACUGAGGGGGGAGGCUGA